AUGACGAUGGCGCUCGACUCACUGCCCACAGAAAUAACUCUCAACAUCGCCUAUUACCUCUAUCCGUCGUUGGCUUCACUAAAUGCACUGUGCCAAACAGAUAAACGACUACAUUCCAUUUUGGAGCGGACUUUAUACACAGAAGAUGUACAACACCACCGAUCUUCAAGCGUCUCCUGGGCUGCCAGGCACGGCAAUCUCGCUGUUCUACGCAAAGCAAUAAAUCUAGGGAAAGCCCAAAUUCCUACUCGCAAAAAUUACGCUUACAUGCGCGAAGAUGGAAGUAUGAAACAAACAAUCAGCUUCCGGUCAAAUAGAGGUACACUUUACGGACAACCUGGCCGCGUUUAUUAUUGGGAAGUUGGUGAGGACCAUCCUAUUUGUGUCGCGGCUCGGAAUGGGCAUAACGAAGUGGUGAGGUUCUUGCUCGAUGAGGUCGGGUGUAGUCCGCAUAUCAAGGAUGGGCAGGAUUUUUGCUUAUUGUCGCUUGCUAUCGAAGGCGGCUUGGACAAGGAGUUAAUCCAGACUUUUUUGGAUUGCGGUGUUCAUCAGUAUGUUAGAAACAUUAAUGGUUAUUGCCCCCUUCAUAUUGCUGCGUUCAAAGGCGACGAAGACCUGGUACAAUCCUUGCUACUACGUACGCGUCCGGACUAUCUUGAGCAGCAGAUUCAAGACGCAUUUCAAAGCGCAUUGUUAGCUAACCAGAUACCGGCGACUUUACAAAUGUUAGACUAUGGCGGUGUGAACUUGAACUGUCAUCUGGGUUCAUGGACCCAGGCGCGAGAAACCUACAUGACAACUCCGUUAGGAUGGGCAGUUUUCCAUGAAAAUCUUGAUCUUGUCGAAAAGUUUCUCGAUAAUGGUGCCGAUGUUGAUUUUACUUUACCAACGGCGCAACGCCUGGCUGUGGAAUGGCGGGUUCUUUUCGACGCCGUUGAGAGGAGCCAGGCAGAGAUGGUGAAGUUGCUGGUGAAGAGAUCCACCAAUCGUGUCGCUUGUACGAAAGCGUUAUCACUGGCUGUUGAGCGCGCCUCGUCGAUUGAGGACCCUUCCUAUAAGGAAUAUAAGGUGUUCAGAAUACUGUUAAAGAAUGCGGUGAGCUGCAAUUUUAAAGAAGAUGACAUCCAACCGCCGCCCCCGCCUCGUCCCCAACGUGGAGAUCUAGGUAGGAUAAUGUGUAGCUACCCGGUCAAACACAGGCAAAAUGGGGAAUUUAUACCACCCAUUGUCCAUGCGGUCCUCAAUGGCAACUUAAGGAUAGUACAGAUAUUGCUUUCAUACGGCGCAGAUGUCAAUACCAGCUACCGCCAACUUCAAAUAACAAAGUCAAAAUUCUGCUGCGGGAGGAUUCUCGACCUGGCCAAGGAUCUGGGACAUCAGCAGAUUGCGGAUUUCUUGUUGAAGUGUGGUGCACAGCCAGAUUUGGGACCUCUUCCAUAUGAAGAAGCCAUGCAAUGUGGUGUUGCGUCUUGUCCUGUGUUUAGAGAAAGGAUGAGGGCACGAUGCAGAGAGCUAUACCCAUUUGUUGAUUCAGCACGGCCAACUCGUGGGACUUCACCAACCGAAGUAGCGGCUCUCCAUUGGCAUAAAAUCGAGCUCAAUCAAAUUCUGCCACCGCCCUUAGCCAUUGACCAAUCACAGCUGACACCGCGCCAAGCACUUUCGGUCUCGGUCACUCAACGACGACCUCCAUCAACGCCUUCAAUUACUCCAACAUCGCCAAUUCUUCUUUACCACGCCCAAUCGCACCAAAAGAAGAAAAUCAAAAUGCCGACCCCCGAAUCCGCCGCCUUCCUGGCCAAAAAGCCCACCGUACCCCCAACCUACGAAGGUGUCGACUUUGAUGACAACGUCGCAAUCCACAAUGCGCGUGACGCAAUUAUCCGUGAACAAUGGGUGCGGAGUAUGAUGGCGCGACUUGUCGGUGAAGAGCUGGGAAAGUGUUAUGCUCGAGAGGGUGUGAAUCACUUUGAGAAGUGUGGGAAGUUGAGAGAGCGGUAUUUGGAAUUGCUCAAGGACCGCAAGAUCAAGGGUUAUCUGUUCGAGGAAAAGAAUUAUUUCAGCAAGAGCUCAUAG